ACAUAUUUACAGACUGGCAACCGUUCCUCGUCUACAAGGUCAUGCCUUCCCAGUAAUAAUAGCCAGUAGUGUGUAUGUGUCAACGAGAGUUUCUUGAGCACCGCUUGCUACCAAAUAUCAACGAGAGAGAGUGGCCUUAGUGCAGAGAGCAAGGGGAAUGCGUUCAACGCCUUCGUGAGUAUAAAGACACAUCUAGGGUCUCUCAAAUCCACAACCGACUGAUUUAGCAACUAAUCAACUCCCGCAACAAUGCCAAAAACAGUGAUUGCCGCCCUGCAGAUUGGGACAAGCCCAGACGGUUCUGCAUCCACCGUUGAAAACAUUCUCAAAUAUGAACCUGAAAUCAUAGAGACUGGCUGCAAAUUGUUAGUCUUACCCGAAGCUCUCCUGGGAGGAUACCCCAAAGGCUCUUCUUUCGGCACGAGGCUGGGCUUCAGGACGCCUGAGGGCAGAGACGAGUUUCUCAAGUACUGGAAGCAGGCGGUGGACAUCUCGGGCCCCGAAGUGGACUCACUCUGCAAGCUGGCGAGGAGAGCGAAGACCUUCAUCGUCGUGGGCAUCGUCGAACGGGGCGGCUCCACGCUGUACUGCACCGCCCUCUUCAUCUCGGACCAGGGCGAGGUCGUCGCGAAGCACCGGAAAGUGCUUCCGACGGCCAGCGAGAGGCUGAUCUGGGGCCGCGGCGACGGCUCCACUUUGCCCCUCGUCAAGACACCCGCCGGGCUGGCCGGAGCUGCCAUAUGCUGGGAGAACUACAUGCCCCUCCUACGCUACGCCAUGUACGCCAAAGGCAUUCAGAUUUGGUGCGCGCCCACGGUGGACGAAAGGGACAUCUGGCAGACGAGCAUGAAGCACAUAUCCUACGAAGGACGCACAUUCCUGGUGAGCGCAUGCCAGUACCAGCCUCCUCCCUCGGAAGAGAUGAUUGCAGCUUUGGGGCUCCCGGAGGGUCGGCCUAUAAUCCGAGGGGGGUCCGUCAUUUACUCGCCCAUGGGAGAGCCGUUGGCCGGCCCUGUGUACGACAAGGAGGCGCUCUUGAAAGCCGAGAUCGACCUGGAUGACAUCAUUCGAGCUCGCUACGACAUGGACGUCGUCGGUCACUACGCUCGGCCCGACAUCUUCCAGCUGGUGGUGGACGAGAAGCCGAAGAACUCCAUGGACUGUCAGUAACACGUCGUGAAUUGCGGUCGUGGGCAAGGUGAUCCCAAUGUAGAGAUGUUUGUAAUUCUAAUAUUAUUCUCACUAUCAUAAGUAAUAUCAGACUGUCAGUAUUAUUUUGUUAUCAUCAUUAUUACUGCUGCUAAUAAUGACGAUGAUGAUGAUGAUGAUAAUAAUAAUAAUAAUAAUAAUAACAAUAAUAAUAAUAAUAAUAAUAAUAAUUAUUAUUAUCAUCAUCACCAUUAUCAGUUUUUAUUACUAUUGUCAUUAUUAUUUUAUUAUCACUAUCAAGAACAUCACAAUUUUCACCAUUGUCAUCAACAGUAGUAAUAGCAUUAGCAGUAUUGCUCUUAAACGGCAUACUAAAAAAAUGGUCAUUCUCACCAUUUGACCAAUUGUUGAAACACGCAUGAAGUUCGAAUAUUUACAAAGUCCUCUUCAUGGCUAUUUCAUCUUUAUAAAUCUCACUCAUUCUCAAUAAAAGGGAUUUCUCUGUAAGACGUGUUAAAGCCUUUUCUGUUUAUCAAUAAAUUUAACAUUAAGUA